AUGCCUAGACGCUUUCAUGGUCUAAAGAAGCCUAGAGUCCGCCAAGACUGGUCGAAAGAAACGCUCUACAACCUCUCCCGCCUCACACUUCCUCCAGCGGCGAACAAGACUUUCUUCCAACAGAAAUGGCUCGCCAAAUCCAUGACCCGCGCCUACCACAAUCCUUACGUACGCGAAGGCCAAUGGACCCGCAUGUUCGACCGUCGAUUACCUAGUGUAGUGUCUAUGGACCAUCGAUACCUGGCCCGCCAUGAUGGGAGUGAGAUGGCUGGUGGUAGAGGUGCGGGCGCAGAAGUACAGGGGCGGGAAGAUGAGGAGGGUGAAGUCGGAGCCAGGGUAACACCCCCGAAAACGCCAUACAUGCACAUGACUUUUUGGCCGCUGGAACGGAGACUAGAUACCGCGAUCUGGCGGGCGUUGUUCGCGAGCAGUGUCAAGCAAGCGCGGCAGUUCGUCGUGCACGGCGCGGUGAAGGUGAACGGGAAGAGGAUGGUUUAUCCCGGGUAUGCGCUGAAUCCGGGGGAUAUGUUUAGUGUGGAUCCCGAAAGGGUGAUGUUUGCUACAGGGGCGCGGAAGAGGAAGAGGGGUAGUGCGGUUAGUGAGCAAGACUUGAGGGAGGAGAGGGAGAGGAGUAGGGCGGCGAAGGCGGCUGAAGAGAGGGGGAUGGAGGAGGGAAGGGAAGGGGAGGAGAGCGAUGUCGGUAUGGCGAAUCUGGAGUCGGAUGAGGAGAGGGAAGCCUUGGCGACGAAACCGGAAGAGGAACAGGAUGCGCGGAAGGCGAUGAAGAAUCUCAUGACUCGCGCCAAACGCAUACUAGAAGAUGCCAAGCGCCAGCUCUCCGGCAAGCGACAGCAGGAACUCCGCGCGUUCGCACAGUCAGUACGAAAGACGAUGUCCAAGUACCGGCCCGAAACCGAAGCAGCAGCAGCAGCAGGAUCAGAAUCAGGAUCAGCAGACACCACAAUCGAAAGCCUGGAAACGGCACUAGCAGAAAUCAUGACCAAAAUCCCCUCCGACACCCUCUCCACACUACCCACCUCCGAACAACAAGCCGCCAUCACUGCCUCCGCCUCCGCCUCAAACGCUCAAGCGUCACCAGAAAGCGAAAAAGAAGACGCCUACACCGCCCGCAAGGACGCCGAACUCCUGCACGCCGCCCUCGAGCGCGCGCGCGCCAACCCCCUCGACGUCACACGCCCUUACGCCACGCCCUGGAAGCCACGCGAAUGGAUGAGUGCCUUCGCGUUCAUCCCACGGUAUCUCGAGGUGAACCAGAAUGUGUGUUCGGCGGUGUAUUUACGACAUCCCGUUGCCAGACCGGGGUUGGCGGAGGUGCCCACGCCGUUUGCGGGGGAGACGGUGGGGUUGGCUUUCAAUUGGUAUUUGAGGAGGCGAUAG